GUCCCAUUCCACCUAUGAAAGGUGAAAAAUUCAGGAAUGAUCUCAUUCAUCAUGUCAAAACACUGCAACACUCUCAAUAAAAAAUUCAACAAUGGCAAGCUUUGCUGUGUUCUUUGUGUGCUCUUUCUUGAUCUCCAUCUUAACCACUUCGACCUCACUAGAAACCAUCAACCCAGGCCAAUCCAUGAGAGAUGGUGAGACUCUGGUUUCUGCAGGCGGAAGCUUUGAACUGGGUUUUUUCAGCCCUCAAGGUUCAACAAGCAGAUACCUGGGAUUAUGGCUCGACAAGUCUCCUCAGACAGUUUUAUGGGUUGCCAAUAGAGAAAAUUCACUUUCUGAUAAUAUGGGAGUUCUGAACAUCACCACCCAAGGGAUUCUAAUCCUUCUCAAUAGCACAAACCAUAUUGUUUGGUCAUCAAAUUCAAGUGCAUCAAGAACUACGCAGAAUCCGGUUGCGCAGCUCUUGGAUUCUGGAAAUUUUGUUGUGAGAGAAGGAAAUGAUUAUAACCCUGCAAACUUUCUGUGGCAGAGUUUUGAUCAUCCUUGUCAUACCUUAAUACCUGGAAUGAGAUUGGGAGUCAACUUUGUGACACGGAUGGACAGGUUUUUGUCAUCUUGGAAGAGCGCAGAAGAUCCUGCUCGAGGUGAAUUUUCUUUCCGUAUAGAUCCUCAUGGCUAUCCGCAGCUACUCUUGAAGAGAGGGAAUACAACAUGGCAAAGAGGGGGGUCAUGGGAUGGCAUAAAAUUUACAUCAACUCCGAGACCGAAAGAUAAUCCAGUUUUGACAAAUGAAUUUGUGUUCAAUAGCAAAUAGGUUUAUUUUGAAUAUGGAAUUCAAAGUACAGUUUUUUCAAGGCUUACAUUAGGUCCAUCGGGUCUUCCUCAGAGCUUCACAUGGAAUGAACGAACUAAGGAUUGGGUGAUUAUUGAAAAUGGUCAGUUCGAUCAGUGUGAGAAUUAUGCAUUCUGUGGUCUCAACACUCGCUGUGAGAUGACUAGAAAUCCUAUAUGUGUAUGCUUGGAUGGAUUCAAGCCCAAGUCUCCGGUAGAUUGGAAUUUUUCAGAUUGGUCAGGUGGCUGUAACCGGAGGACUCCACUGAAUUGUAGUGGUAAAGAUGUGCUUUCUCAAGUAUACUGCCAAUAAGCUGCCAGACACAUCUUCUUCCUGGUUUGACAAGAGCAUUGGCCUCAGGGAAUGAGAGGGAUUGUGUCUGAAGAACUGCUCUUGCACUGCUUAUGCAAAUUUAGAUAUCAGGGGAGGUGGAAGCGGCUGCCUGAUUUGGUUUGGUGACCUGAUUGAUACGAGAAAGUCUACUGGGAAUGGACAAGACCUCUAUGUCAGGAUGGAUUCUUCAGAAUUAGUUACAAAUGUGAAAAAAGGGAACUUCAGUAAGAAAAAGAAGGGAGCAAUAAUCGCCAGCACCACUGUACUGGGCAUUGCGAUGCUAAUGUUAGGAAUGUUAUUUUGCAUACGGAGGAGGAAUCAUAGGACGCACAACAAUUCUGAAGAAGUAAGUAAAGAAGACAUUGAGUUACCAAUAUUUGAUUUGAGUACCAUAGCACAUGCCACCGAUAACUUUUCAAGCAGGAACAAGUUGGGAGAAGGAGGUUUCGGACCUGUAUUUAAGGUAACAAACAGUUACCUGCCUGUUGAAACCAUCUUCUACGUAAAACUUACUGAACUGUUUCUAUGCUUGCUAGGGCAUAUUGAAAGAAGGUCAAGAAAUAGCAGUGAAAAGGCUUUCAAAAAGUUCUGGGCAAGGAUUAAAUGAGUUCAAAAACGAAGUUAUAUUAAUUGCUAAACUUCAGCGUCGCAAUCUCAUGAAGCUUCUUGGUUGUUGCAUUCAUAAAGAUGAAAAAAAUGCUGAUCUAUGAAUGCAUGCCCAACAAGAGUUUGAACCUUUUGAUUUUUGGUGUGAACCUCUCCUCAAUCAGUGUAGACACAAUUUUGUACACCUGAAAUUAAACAAGCACACGUGUAUAAAUGUAUGAUUUUAUUAAAUAUAUG